AUGAAUGAAGCUGUAAUAGAGGAGGACAGAGAACCCCGAGGAGCUCCGGAGACGCGCAACGGCGCACGCGCCACACCCUUCGUCUUCAAUUAAAAACAUCUCAAGGUUCUUUUGCGCGAGAGCGAAGAUGGCGACUGACUAAAGGAGCUCGCGGGGACGUACCGGGAUGACGGCAGGCGUUUCCCGCGUCCGCGCGGUAACACCGAAGGCGUAAACGGACGACGAAACCGCGCGACCUCGAAUGCCCGCGUGAAGAUGCCUGUCCGCGAAGGAGACUCGGUCACUGAAACACGCGAUAGGUCGUCAAGGCGACGGCAGGUCUGUGAUGCAGCGUGAUGUCGGCGAGGUCUCGCGGCAUGCCUAGCCCAGCUUUGCACGGCGCACGCAGAGUGGUCGCGCUGUGAUGGGCUGUGUCGGGGGUAAAUAUCGCGGAGGACACCGGCCCGUGAGCGCCCACGCUCCUGAAAUAUGAUCACGGGCGCCUGGCGGGGUGCAAGGAAAGGUACGCUCGUGAUAAACACCCGCUGCGCUCCGGGAGCGAGCGACAAACCGUGCGCGGACCCGGAAAGGGUGCAGAGACGGCGCACGAGCCUGGCCUCACUGCUGUUCUUCACCGUGCUGCUGUCCGACCACCUGCGGCUCUGCGCGGGCGGCAGGCUGCGCUCGAGGGAGCGACUUCAUCGGAGGAGCUGGAACGCCGCGAGCCCAGGCGCUCACGAGAGUGUGCGUGACGGGGGCUGCGGCGCGUUCCUAGGCAACCUGACCGACUCGGACUGCGCGGAGACCGACGCGCAGAGCCACGAGCCUUUGGAGUCCGCGUGCUCCGCGCUGUACCGGCAGAAGGGCGCGAGCUCUGUACGCUCCUUAUACUCCGUACCGGUCGCCACGGUGUCUCCGCACGCGUUUCUCGAGUACUUCCGCAACUUCAGCCUGGCCUUCUGUGACUCGCUCACGGUGGCUGACCUGCUCGAGGGCAUGACAGGUCCAGACGGACUGAACUGCAGCCUCGCGCACGUCGUCCGGGAUCUGUUCAGCGGCGGUCCGCAGGACGGAGACGCGUGCAGCGCGUGCAUCCGCGCCUACAUUCGACUCGACCAGCACGCUCAGGAAAAAUACGAGGAAUUUGACAGCCUCACGCGCAAGUACAUGGCGGACGACUACUCCGUGCGAGCGCACACACAGCUCUGCCAAGUAAUGUACAAGACCUGGCUGUGUGUGGAGUAUUUCCCAGUGCUUCCGCACGCAUGUGUGCGGUGGGUGUCGUGCAGGCAGUACUGCCAUGAGGUUGUAGCCAGCUGCCCGUACAUCCUGCCUGACAACAACCACCUGGUGUACGGGGGUCUGCCCAGCUUCCUCUGCACAGGUCUGCUGGAGGAUGACGUGACCAGUCAGGGGCUGGAUUGCUGUGAUGUCAGGUGGAGUGGGUGUGGCUCGGCAGUAGGAGCUGCGUGUGCUCUGAGCCACCUCCCAGUCUCACUGUCAUGGCAGUGGAGGUCGUCGUCAGACGCGGUUUCCUGUGCGUGUCGUCUCUAUGGCAACAGGCUGAAACUGUGCGUUCUUGCUCUCUUCCUGUUGCACACCGUCGUUUCCAUAACAAUCCUGCAACCCAGCAGCACUGUGUCUCUGGAUGCCAUGGUUACACUGGAGGAGGGGCCUACCAGAGAGGAAUGAAGGACUCAGACACCACCCAUAAAACACUGCUAAAUUCCUAUUGGAGGAUCCACACCGAGGAAUGUGAUGUCACAGGCGCGCAGGGGUUGGCACACAGACAGGAGGAGAAAAUGACAGCAGGAAGUCCCACCCCUCCUGCCAUAUGUCAUUUCCUGUCUUGCUAAAAGCUAAAAAAGUGGCCUGUCCCUUUUUGCUUAUUCUGUGUGUUUGUGUAAGCCUUUGCUUUGUUUUUACAACGGAACACUGAAACAUUAAAAUUUUCCAGCCAUCAGCUGCAAAAUGACCUUGACAUGUUUUCUAUCAAGCGUAAGUCUGGAGAGGUUUGUGAUUGGUAUUCUGAGAGCGAUGAAAACAACCCUUCAGUCAUUUGUGGUAAUUUGUGGUGACCGUAUGCUGCGGAGACUUGGCUCCUGAGGUCUGUCAUGGAAGACAGCAGUAAUCUCACUGCGGUUUUGCACUGGAUUAGAGGGACUUUGCUUUAAAGACCAAAUACUUCAAAGAGACAUUGUAUUUAAAUUUCAGGAAAAAAAAAAACAACAACUUUCUCUCAGAGAGAGAAGAAUACAUGUAAUUGAAGUCUUGGCACAUGACAUUCACAAUUCUUCUCGUAACGGCUAAGCCGAGCGGUGGUUGAGGCAGACAUCAUUAAGAGCGGCUAUCGCCAACCCCUUUCGCACGUCUAUCGGGUCUGUACUCGGCUUGUCCUGCAGGUGGCGGCGGUGAGCAACAGUAGAGCCAGCUGAAUUCACAUGCUCGAUACCUCCAACGCUGUAACGCACAGAGGAAGGUUCUUUUCUGUUUUAGUUGAGCAGACUAAUAGUUUAUUUGAGUUGAGUAGAAUAAUGGUUUGUUGGAGGGGUUUGUCAGAGCCAGAGCGCACGGGCUGUGACGUCGUUCUGACUGCAUGAGAUGUUCCAUGGGAUGUGUUUUAGCAACAUUUUUGAAGCCUGAAUUGAUUGUUUAACAUGGUGGUUUUGCGUGCGUGUGCAUGUGUGACAGAGAGAAUGUGUUUUUGCAGUGUUUUAUAUUUUUGUACUUUGUGUGUG